AUGAGCGCAGCCAGAAAAUGGCGGAUAUUGAGGAGUUACGGGUAGGCGAAAGUGUAAUGAUAGCUGGCUACUUCUUUGCGUCUCUCACAUUUUAAAAACAUUUUGCAGUUACCGUUUUUUGACUCUAUUUUACCUGUCGGUUUGCUACCCAUGGGCUAGUUUUUUAUAGUUAAUACUGAAACGUCCCAUCACUCCGUUAGACGGAUUGUGUUUAGCCUGUUAGCCAACAACCAGCUAUUCUUUUAGCUCACGAUCUUCUUUCUACACAAAAAUUGAAGAUCAGCCUCACAAUGUCACUGCUUUUAUUACCGUCAUUUACUGCAUGAAUACGCUUUACUAUAACACCUAACUGAACUGACGACUGUUCGUUGCAGAUGCAUUUCGGUCAUUUGUUAAGGAUUUUUAAAGAAAAAAGGAUUAACACGUAAGAACAAUCAAGCAUGGACCAUGUAAUGAAGGAAUAUGGUAUCAGGUUUCCGUGUCUCAGAGCUCCAGGUACUGUUAGGUUUUGCUGGAAGGAAUAAGAGCGGUCGAAAGCAUGAACUUUUGCUGAGGGCUUUGCAGUUACUCAGGAGUGGUUGUAGUCCUGCUGUGCAGAUCAAAAUAAAGGAACUGUAUCGUCAGAGAUACCCACGGACACUUGAUGGUCUUCAGGAUUUGGUGGCUCUGAAGUCACGCAUUAAAUCCUACUUUGAAAUCGACAGCGGUGCCACAGUUGUGAGCUCAGAUCUUCCUGGCCAUCCAGACCUCCUGCAGCAUCACCUGCUGAGCUGUGAUUCACCUGUGUUUCAUGAGUCAAAGCCAAUGAUGAAUAUGCAGCAGGCCACACCACUUAUGGCACCCGUCCACCCGGACGUGCAGAUGAAGUCCCUACCUUUUUACGAUGUCCUGGAUGUCUUGAUCAAACCGUCAAGCUUAGGGACCCAUGCUGGUCAGAGGUUUCAUCAUGAAAAGUACUUCAUAUUUGCCUUGACUCCACAACAAGUGAGAGAAGUUUGCAUUUCACGGGACUUUCUUCCAGGUGGAAGAAGGGACUACAUGGUUCAAAUUCAACUGCGGUUUUGUCUAGCAGAGACCAGCUGUCCACAAGAGGACAAUUAUCCAAACAGUCUCUGCAUCAAAGUCAAUGGGAAGCUCUUUCCCCUCCCUGGCUAUGCACCGCCUCCUAAGAAUGGUGUGGAGCAAAAAAGACCCGGCAGACCGCUGAACAUCACGUCACUGGUCAGGUUGUCGUCUGCUGUACCCAAUCAGAUAGUAGUCACCUGGGCACCUGAAAUAGGAAAGACAUACUCCAUGUCAGUUUACUUGGUGCGGCAGCUGACCUCUCCACUGUUGCUACAGAGAUUAAGAAUGAAGGGGAUCAGAAACCCUGACCAUUCCAGAGCUUUAAUUAAAGAAAAACUCACGGCAGACCCUGACAGUGAAAUCGCCACAACUAGUUUACGAGUCUCACUCAUGUGCCCACUUGGCAAGAUGCGUCUUACGGUACCCUGCCGAGCUGUCACCUGUUCUCACCUGCAGUGCUUUGAUGCUGCGCUAUACCUGCAAAUGAAUGAGAAGAAGCCCACCUGGAUCUGUCCCGUCUGUGACAAAAAAGCCGCUUAUGAGAGUCUGAUUAUUGAUGGGCUCUUCAUGGAAAUACUCAAUGACUGCACAGAUGUUGAUGAAAUCAAGUUUCAGGAGGAUGGGACAUGGUGUCCAAUGAGACCAAAGAAGGAGACGUUGAAAGUGUCAUCUCCAUGUAUCCCAAAAAUUGAUUGCGCCGUCCCAGUGCGGCACAGUGCAGUGGUGCCACCCCCAGAAACCAGCAGCACAAAAAAAGGUGACAUAAUCGACCUCACACUAGAGAGCUCAUCUGAUGACGAAGAGGACAGCGAUCCUCCUCUGAAAAAGCGCUGUGUCUACAUGUCAAAGGCUGAGGAGAUGCACAACACAGGGGUCCUGACUUACCAGCCAUCAACGGUUCGGGUGCCAAAUGUCCAGGCGCUAGAUACCUCAUACCUGACCUCAUCAAUAACCGACUACUCCGUUCCAUUCCACCAUUCUACCUUAUCCACUAUUCCCACAGAUAUGCAGAGUCUUGAUUUAUUUUCUCUGAUUCAAGGGGAUCCACAGCAGCAUUACAGAGGCCCUAUAUUUUUAGACAACCUCUCCAGCAGCCUUCAGAGUGCCACCACCAGCAGCGGCUUGGUUUCCUCAUCAGCUUCGUACGAGUCGGCAACUCAUAGCAGCAGCUCGAGUCACGAGACGGGUGUCAUUACGGGAGGAUCUUCAGGCCUGUCAGACAUUAUUUCACUAGACUGAACCCUGGCACAUAUUGAUUGGCCAGUCACCAAAACAGCUACACUCAAGUCAAGUUGGCUAAGUGAAAAACAUUUUCUACAUUUAACUGUGGACCUCAAGAAUCAUGUUUCGACAAGGACCCAGAAGGACUACUAUGAAGAUCUCUAAAUGUUGUUGCUGGGUCAGCAACAGUGCCGUUUUAAAAAGCAAACUCGAAUCAAGCUGUUCUCCCUUUGAAUUGGGGAAACUACCAGAUACACAGUGACUCUCAUCCCUUAGCUAUUUAAGUGGAGGAGCAGAAUGAAAUAAACGGCAUAAAUGAGUGGACUAGAAAGCUCAGACCAGUCUAAUACUGUCUACGUUGUGUGUUUUGAAAUGGCGGUUCUGCAGUUGAAACGGCAGCAGGUUUUCAGCGGCAGCUCAGUUUAUGUUGUCUCUUCGAUAUCAGCAGUGCAAUUAUUUUUUUGUUACAAGACUUCAGUUCCAGCAAUAAAAAAAAAAAACUA